GUGCUGGAUUCCCUCCUAGCUUAUUCUCUCUUGAUUCCAGGAAUCCUCCAACCGGGAUUUCGGGAAAACUGUGGCAUUUUGGGGGAAGUUAGAUAGGUCAGGUGGGGUGUUCUCAGUCUUCCAGAGUCCAGAGGGUAUAAAACAGGGACAGGAAUAUUCCAUAAGGACAGACUGACACUAACAGACUGCAAACAUGCUGAGGUUCGUCCUGUUGAGCGCUCUCGCAGCCCUGGUGCUGUCUGAGAAUCUGGUGCCCCAGCCCAGAUACCUAGAAGACGGAGCUGAAGAGAGGGUUGUGGGUGGCGAGGUCGCCCAGCCCAACUCAUGGCCCUGGCAGAUCUCUCUCCAGUAUUUGUCUGGCAGCUCCUACUACCACACAUGCGGAGGUACUCUGAUCAGGAGGGGAUGGGUCAUGACUGCUGCUCACUGUGUGGACAGCCAGAGGACUUGGCGUGUGGUUCUGGGAGACCACCACCUGAACAGCAACGAGGGUAAGGAACAGAUCAAGACCGUCAGCCAGGUCUACAUCCACAACGGGUGGAACUCCAACAACGUCGCUGGAGGAUAUGACAUCGCCCUGCUGCGUCUGUCCACCGAGGCUUCCCUGAACUCUGCUGUCCAGCUGGCUGCUCUUCCUCCAUCUGGCCAGAUCCUGCCCAACAACAACCCUUGCUACAUAUCCGGAUGGGGACGCACCCAGACCGGGGGUUCUCUGUCCAACAGCCUGAAGCAGGCUUGGCUGCCCAGCGUUGACCACCAGACCUGCUCCAGCUCUGGCUGGUGGGGAUCUACCGUCAAUACCUCCAUGGUCUGUGCCGGAGGCGGAGCCAACUCUGGUUGCCAGGGAGACUCUGGCGGCCCCCUGAACUGCCAGGUCAACGGUCAGUACUCCGUCCACGGAGUGACCAGCUUCGUGUCCUCUUCUGGAUGCAACGCCAACCGCAAGCCCACCGUCUUCACCCGUGUGUCUGCUUACAUCAGCUGGAUGAACGGGAUCAUGGGUUGAAAGGGAACAUGGUCAUCGAGCAGAAAGACAGUACCCAAGGCACUGAUCCGGAAUCACCACCAACCCAGCUCAAUUUAAUUCACAUUUUGCUGCAAAAGUUCAAUAAACUUUAUCGACUUUGGAGUAAACCUUU